AUGGACGGAUCUCCACGGGGACGAAAGAGAUGCUUCUCAACUUUCAGCGAGCAGACGACACCCGAAGAUCCAUCACCUACUGCGACACAAUCCAGUCCUCUACUACAGGAUCAUGAAUCACCUUUCAGCAUAAAGAUGCCCAUGCCUCUACAUCACCCCACGGCCGGGCUGUUGAGAACCCAGUCUCCAUUAGCGGGUCAACUUAUGUUGUCGUUCCCCGUUCAAUUCCAUCGGACGCCCACACCGCUGGCUCGCACUCUCGAUGCACCGCUUCCUCACUCUUACGGCUCGUUGGUAACGCUUGAUCCGGCCUCGCUGUCCCCCAUCCCAGAUCCCGUUGCGGUCGCAGAGAUCAAACGUCUUAUCCCCCAGGUUCUCCAGUCAACGGGGUACAAGGACGUCACCGAAAUGGUCGCGGCGUUGACGGCGGACAAGCCCAGCACGACGGCAACUGCAGAUGAUGUCGACGGACCGACACUGGCAUCGGAUCAGAUUGUUGACGAACUCGUCGAGGACUACACGGCAGAGAUGGCGGGAGCAGAAUUUGACGCUUUCUUGAGCCAGAUGUCAGACCAAGACUUCAAGGAUCUUCCUGAAACGGACGAGCAUGUUGAUUCAGGGACGCAGCAAACCGGGAUGACAUAG